AUGCGUUCGCCGCCGCUCUCAAAUAUGUUAUUAACAAAACUGCAACAACAUCAACAACAAACGGCAGAAAAUUUAAAUCAUCAUCAACACGAGCAGCAACAAUCGACUACAAUGCUAUCAACGAAAACUCCAUUUUCAAUCGAUCAUAUCUUGUGUCAAAAUUUAAAUAACUAUAAUAACAAUAAUAAUAACAACAACCAUAACAAUAAUAGCAAUAAUAACAAUGACAAUAACAUCGGCAAUAACAACACCGGCAAUAACAACAGUGUUCAUAAAUUCAAAACAUCAACUAAAUCAUUAAAUAAAAUUUCAGGCGACGGUGAAAAAACAAAACAUUUAAAUAUUAUUACUUUGGUGUCACGUCUUUCACUGUUAGUUAAUUUAAAAGAAAAAUUUAUUUCCAGAAAUUUUAAAUUAAACGAACGGAUACAUAGCAGUAAUCCAGUGUUACAAAACUCAUCCGCAACCCCCGUUUCGAAUGCCACAACGUUAACUAUUAGUAGCAACACUACGACAACAUUAACUAAUGGUCAACACAAUUAUCAAAGUCAUGCAUUACCAGCCGUAGAACCACCACCACCAGCUAAUAUUUUGUAUCCAAGUGCUGGUUACAAUGAUCAUGGUUUUCUCCAAAUGACUUUAGGUUACUUAUCACCAUCGACCGGAGCUUAUAAAUCCGUAGAUCCAUACUUUUUAUCACAAGCUGGUCUUUUUAGUGGUCAUUUGUUUGGUGGUGCUGGAUGUAUGCCGGAAUUGGCGUUAGGUUUGGGGGGCAUGGGAGUAAAUGCUUUAAGGCAUUGUCGUCGCCGUAAAGCACGCACUGUCUUCAGCGAUCCUCAACUUUCAGGCUUGGAGAAACGUUUCGAGUCGCAACGGUAUCUAUCGACACCAGAGCGUGUCGAAUUGGCGACAGCCUUGGGUUUAAGUGAAACUCAAGUGAAGACAUGGUUUCAAAAUCGACGCAUGAAGCAUAAAAAACAAAUGCGCCGAAGGGACGUAAUGAAUGAACCAGUUGACUUUUCACGUUCAGAAAGCGGUGGCGUCAAUAACAACCCUACCCCUAAAAAUAAUAACAAGAAUAAUUCCAAUUCAGCGACGACGCAAUCUAAUACAAAUUGCUCAAGUCUCCAAAAUGGCGCUGCUGGUGAGGGGAAGUCAUCACAAUUUCAAAAUCAGGCAUUUCAUGGCAAUUCACAGCCACAGGCGCACCACCACCAGCAUUUGCAAAUGCUACGAAAUAUAACGAACGGUAGUCACAACCUUGAUAGCACUGUAAGUUUUUUGCAUCAUCAUUCUACCGUCUCGGACUUCAAUUCUGAUUUGGAUUCGGAUACCGACACCGAUGCAGAUGAUGGCGAAAAUAGCGAUGAUAUUGAUAUUGUAGGCGACACAAAGUUAUACCACUUGACAUAAUAAUUUAAAUUGAAAAUAAUCUCUUGUAAUUUUUAAUUAUUUAUGACUUUCUCUCUCUUUUAACCUAUUUAUUUUUCUUGCUUUUUUAAAGAUGAUUAGUGCGCGUGCAAUUAUUUUAACUGAUAAAUUAUACAUUAAAUACAAAGAAUUUUUUUUAAUAUAAUUUAUUAUGUGUAAUAAAGUGUUGAAGAGAAAUUUAUUGCCGGAAAAGUCAAUAACAACAAAAUCAUAGGUUUAGCUAUAACAACUUUACGAAAGUUCGUAGAAUAAAAUGGUUUAUCUACGUAUGCGCGUAACAAUAAAGUUAUCGAAAAAGCUGGUUCGUUGAUUCGCUUUGUCAACCGCAAAAACUUGUCACUUUAUAUCCGGAGCAAUUGUCUACAUAUAAUUUUAUCCCUUAACUCCCUCUCGGACACAAAGGUUG